CUUCACGGCCGUCGGGACAUUCUCUUGUUUUCGCUUACUUGAUACCAAGCGCAAGGUGCCCCCGGAAAAAUCCCCGGAGUCGAAAUGACCAGUGCCACGGUGGAAAUCGCGAAUAAGUCCACAUCGGAUCGGGAGUUUCGGAUUAGAAGGUUCGAUGAACCGUCAGACUGGGCCUUACCGACAGACGAACCAAACGACGAAGAUGGAGCGAGAUCUUCACCCUCACCCUUAGCAUAGCAAUCGCGGGAGGCGGCAUCCUCAGAAGAAGACGGAAGAAUGGGGAAUGCCGCCGCUAGUGCUCAACAAGAUGAAGACACUUGCUACCCUCUGAGACACGGCUGUGACGAUCUUUGGACAUGGGAUAGACGAGAACGAAGCCCAGAGGUGCGUCUCCACGGUCCACAUUUUAGAAUCGCACUUUUCCAUCCAAACUGGAGUAGUGGCACGGCUGGAGUGCGUGGUACCAGAAUUCUCAACAACGGCAGAUACUUUUGGGAACUGCAUCUAUCAAGAAGAAUUUUCGGGACCAGUAUGAUGUUUGGCAUCGGUACAAAGAAAGCAAGACUGCAUGCGGACUCCUUUACAAACCUGCUAGGUAAAGAUGAUCAAGGUUGGGGCUUGUCUCACAAAGGUCUUUUGUGGCAUGGAGGCAGAUGGACUCAAUAUACGAAGCCUUUUCGAGAAAAUGUUGCGACCAAAAUAGGAGUACUCUUCGAUGGUAUAGCAGGGACGCUCACAUACUACAAAGACGGCAAAUGCCUCGGCAUAGCCUUCAGAGGACUCAACGAAAUCAAAGAACCACUCUACCCCAUCAUCUGCUCUACGGCCGCAAAGACUGAGAUGUUCCUAGACUCAACAAAAAGGGACUUCGUCAACCUGCAAGACAGGUGCAGAGCUGUCAUUGUGAAAAAGGUCAAGAAGGAACAAGAUCUGCAGAAGUUGUUUCUGCCGCCGAAAAUCAAGCAGUACCUCAGCGAGGCAAUCGUAUGCGAAUGUGUAAAGCCUUUUAGACCAGUAAACCAGAAUCUUUCUAAUGGUAUGGGGACUAUUUGAUUCUUUCACUUGUGUAAAAUGUAAUUUGUACAAGAUCUGGUUUUAUAACUGGCCCGACUUGAUAGGAAAAAGGAAAAGAAAAAUUGGGGUUUGGCUUUACAAAAAGACUCGAAGUUAUUUUUUUUAAAAUUUCUACUAUACAAGAUAGGUGGAGAAUCACUGAUGUCAAGGAUUUAAAGGGAGAGAUAGAGAGGGGUUCACGUAUGUCAACGUACUAGACACCAUGUCUAAGAUCUUUAUCUCGCUGGUACAUAUUGAAUAGGGGACCUCAAUGGAUGAGGUAUUUAACCUUUAUAAACUAUUAUGUAUUUAAAUCGUGGAUUGAAAAUCCGAUGUCAUAUUUAGAAGAGAGUAAGUAGUCAAAUGUAUUUAAUAAUUGAUAAGUUGAAUGUAAAGCAUAUAAAAAGUUUGUGUCGUUACUAUGGUCUGCUAUUGAAACAGACGAGAGCGGCAAAGCACAUUGCACGCCACUUUGAUUACGGCGGAAUCCGUAUUAUGCUACUCUCUUCCGUUUUGCUACCCGAGUAUAGCUAUCAUGAUAUUUGUACAGCUGGUGUAACGAUAGAAAUCGAACAAGACAUUUACAGGUAUGGUAGUACGUAAACUGUUGAUCUCAUCGGGUGAUACUAAUUUGAGAGCUAAAUUAAGAAAAACUAUUUAUUUAGUUUUCUAAUAUUGGCAACAAUUUUAUUCCAUACAGAAUUCUUGUAAAUGUCCCAUAACCCAUGGCUGCCAUUUUAAGACAACCUCCAGACUUUGAAAACAGAAUUUAUGAUUAUGCUUAUUUUUGUUUACUAUUGAAGAAUAUCAGUGUUUAACGUAUUUUACCUGUAAAUAGCCCAAAGAGUAGCAGAACACAAAAAUGAAUUUAGAAAUCUAGUUUGAGAAGAGUGACUGAUUCUACUACUCUGUCAUAGAUGCCGCUAAGAUUUUCAAUCCUUAUGCCACCUAUGAGAUUUCUUUUCAAAGCAGAUACAGUAUAUGGCUGGCUAUCUUCAGCCACCAUUAAUAAAUGAUAAUAUUCAUGUCAUGUAUUGAGUAAUUUCAGAAUUCCUCGGCUCUCGAAGCUGUGUCUAUAUAAACCUAUACAAAAAUUUGUCUGAGACUGAUUUUACCGAUAAUCUACCUUAUACGAUAGGCUAAUAAGUAUGCCAGUUUUGACCCCAUUUAUGAACUGAUAGGAAUCCGUAUUUCUAGUUGGCUAGAUAAAAAAAGGUUCCUCUAACUCCAUCCAACUCAAAAAUUCAACAAAUUGUCAAAGCUUUUAUUGGUGAAUACACAUGUAAUAAACAGCAUCACAUUUAGUUUAUAUUGCUUACUUGCGCAAUAAAUACUGACAUUUGCAUGUAAAUUUCACUAUAUGUAUACCUUGUUGAAUUACAAGAGUGAUGUUCAAUAAAGUAUAUCAUUUCAGUUGCAGUACAAAACGUUAUGAAGAAAGAAUGCAAUUCAGACCCUAAAAAGCUUUUGAGAUCGUCAGAUACUUCAUGCGUCAUAAUCUAAGAAAAAUAUGUUGCUCAACAAAAAAAUAAUUUCUGUAAUCAAAUUUCAACACAGUUUCUGUUAGUUGAUUUUAUCUGGUAGACACCGAUUUAUAUUUAAAAGAUGCAUAGAAUAGCAAAUCAAAAAUUAAAUAGUAUAUAGUUAAACGACAAAAUGGUAUAUAAUUACGUUAAAAGGGACAAAGUGCCAGUGUGGUGACAUGUUACCAAUUUAGAUAGUGUAGAUGUUUCAAGGAAACCUUUUUUAAAGUAGCUUUAUAUGUACAUAUGUAUUCUUAAAUGUUUACAUUCCAAAGUUGUGUUAUAUGAUAUCUUUGAUUUAUGUAUAAUCAAUGAAAUAUUAUGUAUAGUUUCCACACCUUUUAAGUAGACUAAGUUAUUUUCAACGUAAAAGAAUAAAACCAUGAUGUCAUUUUGUCAACACAAAUACAUAAAAUGUAUGAAUGUAUUAUUGUUAUGAAAAUGUCUGCUUCAUGAUAAUUUAGAUUGUUAUUGUGAUAUAACACAAGAAAUGUUUGGUAGCACAAAAUUAAAUCAUAUGUUCUAUGUUUUUAAUAUUUGGCCAAUGUGUGCAAUAGUAUUUGUAAAUAUUGGGGUAUAUCCACAAUUUGUAUGAUAUAAUAUAAUAGGUCUUACAAUACAGACCUUGAUAGUUUGAAAUCGAUAAAUAGAGGACAUAUAAUAAAUGAUGCUAGUUAAAUGAUUAUUAACAAUAACCAAGUAUCUCAAAGCCAUCAUUGCUGUUAGUAUUCAUGUAAUUUCAGUGUUUGCCAGUAUGUUGAGAACCAAUUUCAAAUAAACUAAGAACUAUACCAUGGAAUAAAAUUGUCAAUAGUCAGUGAGGUCCAAGUUAUUUUUGACUUUUAUGAACUAGCAUGUUUGUAAGAUAACAGAUUUUCCAUUGCAAGCCCUCAUUCUAAUAUGCAACUUAUGUUUAUUUCUUAUAAAAACAGGAUUUAGAGUAAAGAAAAAAUGGGCAAGUUACAAAUUUUUAUUUUCAAUACAGGCAGUAAAAUAAUGCCAGGUGUAUGUUAUAUUAUAGGGAUUUGUCAUUACUUUCUGUUGAUGUAAAAUGUAUGCAGUAAUUCAACAACAUACAUUCCCCUAAAAGUAAAUUGAAUUAAAAUCUAGUCUUAAUGAUUGUACUAUGGAA